GCGACGCAGUUCCUGUCUCUUUAAAUCCUCCCUGAGCCAGGAGCCGGGAGAUGAGGCAGAGCAGAAAGCUCAGGAUCCUUGCUCAUUAAUAAGCAGGAUUUAUCCCCGUAGGGAGCCGGGAAGGAGGGGGGAGGCCGUGGGGAGAGCGGGGCGAGCGGAGGCCCUCUGCCCCCCUCCCUCCCCGUCCGCCCCCCCCCCCCCCCCUCCAGCCCCUCACCCCGGCAUCCAACCUCGCUCCGAGCAUCCUCCGGCCGAGAUGUGGGAUCCGCUGGGCGAGGCGAGCGGGUACCCCCGGGAGUGAGCAGGGGAAGAGAGAACUGAUCCUGAACAUACUCCCAGAGAAUGAAUAAUCACAAGAAACUGGCUUAAGCAGCUCCCUGGAUCUGGUGCAUGAUUUCAAUUGAGUUUGAUUUGAUUUGAUUUUUUUUUUUUCCCCAAGUCAUCGUUCGCAUUUUAUUUUCUGCAUUUCUUUUUUUUUUUUUUUUUUUUUUUUUCACCUUUUGGGGGAUUUGCAAACCGAAUUACAUGCAUGUCCAGUGGGGGAAGGUUUAAUUUUGACGAUGGAGGGUCGUACUGUGGAGGCUGGGAGGACGGAAAGGCUCAUGGCCACGGAAUCUGUACCGGCCCGAAGGGUCAAGGUGAAUAUUCGGGCUCCUGGAGUCACGGCUUUGAGGUGCUGGGGGUCUACACUUGGCCCAGCGGCAACACUUACCAGGGCACCUGGGCGCAGGGCAAGCGCCAUGGCAUUGGCAUGGAGAGCAAGGGGAAGUGGGUGUACAAAGGAGAGUGGACCCAUGGAUUUAAGGGACGGUACGGGGUCCGAGAAUGCACUGGAAAUGGGGCCAAGUACGAAGGCACCUGGAGCAAUGGAUUACAGGAUGGCUACGGGACAGAGACCUACUCGGAUGGAGGGACAUACCAGGGCCAGUGGGUCGGAGGGAUGCGCCAGGGUUACGGCGUCCGGCAGAGCGUUCCCUACGGCAUGGCUGCGGUUAUCAGGUCACCCCUGAGGACGUCCAUCAACUCCCUGCGCAGCGAGCACACCAACGGCACGGCGCUGCACCCUGACUCCUCGCCGGCGGUGGCCGGCAGCCCUGCCGUCUCCCGGGGUGGCUUCGUCCUCAUGGCCCACAGCGAUGCCGAGAUCCUCAAGAGCAAGAAGAAGGGCAUCUUCCGGCGGUCGCUGCUGAGCGGGCUCAAGCUCCGUAAGUCCGAGUCCAAGAGCUCCUUGGCCAGCCAGCGGAGCAAGCAGAGCUCUUUCCGGAGCGAAGCCGGGAUGAGCACGGUCAGCUCCACCGCCAGCGACAUCAACUCCACCAUCAGCCUGGGCGAGGGCGAAGCCGAGCUCUCCGUCAUCGAAGACGACAUCGACGCCACCACCACCGAGAUCUACGUUGGCGAGUGGAAGAACGACAAGCGGUCGGGUUUCGGGGUGAGCCAACGCUCGGACGGGCUGAAGUACGAGGGAGAAUGGGCCAACAACAAGCGCCACGGCUACGGCUGCAUGACGUUCCCUGACGGCACCAAGGAGGAGGGCAAGUACAAGCAGAACAUCCUGGUCAGCGGCAAGAGGAAGAAUCUCAUCCCGCUGCGGGCCAGCAAGAUCCGUGAGAAGGUGGAUCGGGCCGUCGAGGCGGCCGAGCGGGCAGCCACCAUCGCCAAGCAGAAAGCGGAGAUCGCGGCGUCCAGGACCUCUCACUCCAGGGCCAAGGCGGAGGCGGCUGUGACGGCGGCGCAGAAAGCUCAGGAGGAAGCGCGGAUCGCCAGGAUCACUGCCAAAGAGUUUUCGCCUUCCUUCCAGCACAGGGAAAACGGGCUCGAAUGCCAGAGACCGAAGCGCCAGAACUCGAGCGAUGACAUUGAGGUCCUCUCCACCGGGACACCUCUCCAACAAGAGAGUCCGGAGCUGUACCGCAAAGGGACCACCCCGUCCGACCUGACUCCCGAUGACAGCCCGCUGCAGAGCUUCCCUGCCAGUCCCUCCUCCACGCCGCCCCUGGGUCCUUCCUGCAGGAACAAGAGCGCUCACUUCUCCAGGCAGGUCUCGGUGGACGAAGAGAGGGGUGGGGAGAUCCAGAUGUUGCUGGAGGGACGCGGCGGGGAUUACUUGCGACCCAACAGCUGGAGCGAAGAGAAGGUCGGUGGGACUCGCGGCGUGAGAAGCGGGACGCUGCGCAGCGGUCAGCUGGGGUCAGCCUCCGUCCCUGAAGACUACAGAGGUCGGAGCGGAGGACACAAACAUUCGGCCUCCAACCACAAGCAAAGAGAGAGGUGGACAGAUUCCCCAGCCACGGUUUCAUGGACUUCCCACCACAGGUCCCACAACCACAGCUCAGGGAGCUCCAAACUGCUUGAGCUAGACGAGGAGAAGAUGAGCAAUUACGAGAUGGAGAUGAAGCCCCUCAUGAGGAUGGAUUCUUAUAUGCAAGAGAUUCACACCCAAAAAAGACACUAUAGCAAAGGGGGACCCUGCAGGAGCAUGGCUGACGACCACCGCGGGGAAGAGCGGGGCUUCGGGGUUCAGAGACUGAGGUCUAAGUCCCAGAACAAAGAGAAUUUCAGGCCAGCUUCCUCUGCCGAGCCCACAGUGCAGAAACUGGAAAACCUGAGAUUCGGGGACAAAGCUGAACCUCGGCUACUAAGGUGGGACUUAACCUUCUCCCCGCCACAGAAAUCCUUACCUGUUGCACUAGAAUCCGAAGAGGACAAUGGGGAUGCGCUCAAAUCCAGUACGGGCUCGGCUCCCAUCCUGGUAGUCAUGGUGAUCUUACUAAAUAUUGGAGUCGCCAUUUUGUUUAUUAACUUUUUCAUCUAAUUCAAGACUGUCUUGUUUGCAAAAAUAACAGUUACAUGUAUGAAUGGGGGAAAAAAAACCAAACAACAACAAAAAGGGAAAAAUCAUAACUCGAACUGUCCUAUGACAAUUUCCAAGUCUUUUCACAGAAGAACAACAAACGAUUGAGUCUCACUCACAGUUUGCCUUUUUUCCUGGGUAAUGUUUUUUGGAUUUUAGCCAAAAUUCUUUGCUUGUAUAACACUAUGCUGUGUGGCAUGGCAAAAUGCUAUCAACACUCUGCCCCCCCAACACUGGAAAGGAUGAGAAGGAAUCCCAACAAAAUAAAACCUCAUUUCCCUUCCCCUCACCCUCCAAAAAUAUAUUCAUAACAACAGUAAUGAACCCCAAAAUGGAGACUAGAUGAGGGGACCAUGGGGAGAGUUUGUCUGAAGUAUGUACGGGUCCUGGGAUGCUCCAGGCCAAGUUUCCCAGGGAAAAUCCACAACAGCUUUAAUGAUAAAGUAAAUGGGAGAGAAAAGCAAAAUCAGGCUUUUCUUCCUUCUCCCUUCACAAAUGGAGAAACGUUGCUGUAAGAAGGAGGAGAAGGAGCACGGGGAAGGCAUGAACCCUGUCUAAGACGUGAAAGAUGGGAGAAGGGCAACGGGCCCCAUUUUGUUAUUUGUUUUUAAAACAAAGCAGCAAUUGGUGUUUUGCUAAAUUUCUUGGGGCAGGGGGGGAAAUAGGGAACACAAGGUGUGAGCAGCAGCCCCACCACCCUCCUGCCUUCACUCCUCCUCCCCAGGCUGCUCCCCACCCAUGGCAAGGCUGGAAAACCACCCAGUGCUACUUUUAAUUCACAGACAAUUUCUCCUGGGUAAAAAUGUGUACCCGGAUUCCCCCAAAAAACUUGCAGGCACCUUCAGCAACACAAAUUGAAUAGCUGCUGGUCAUCGUGCCGUGCUCGCCAACACACGACGAGCAGCAUUACUUGGGCAUCCCAUCCCAAACAUGUGCAUGGACAGAGAUGCCAGGGAGCGGACUGGUGGGGAGGGAUCAGGCAGAGAGGGCUCAAUUCUGAUCCACUUAGGAUAACAAUAAAACAAAAUAAAGCAAAAUAAGAUAAAACUGUUUUCCAAAGGCAUCUGGGGAGGAGUACUGGAGCAUGUCCCAGAGAGGAGGGAGAGGGUGGUGGGUUUGUCUCUUACAUCUUGCUGUGGACUGUUUCAGACAUCAUGCUUGGGCUCUGAGCAUGUAGUAUUUUGCACUUUGUAAUGCAGGAUGUAUAUUCCAGCUUCCAACAUGUCCCUGUAAAAAAAAAAAAAAAAAAAAAAAGAAAAAAAAAAGAAAAACAAAAAACCAAACAUCAUUGGCAAUGGCAGCCUCUAAGGAUGUAUUAUUUUCUUUUUUUUUUUUCUAUGUCAUUUAAUUUGUUCGUUUAUACCAUCUUUGUAAUAUGCCUGCCUUGAUUUUCUCCCCUCCCCUGUCCCCACUGAUAAUAUGCAUACUCAUUAAAGAUGCCGUAUCCCUGUUCUAAGCUGUUAUGGUCCCAAUCACAAGAGUGUGGUCUUAGCUCAAUUGCUUGGAAAUGGCCGACAUCCCCUCGCUUUUCAAAAAUGACUGUACUGUUUCCUCCCCUCCCCAUGCCGUCUUUCCCCGCCGUGGAGAUCGGCUUUGCCGGUGAUCCACCAGCACCAGGUACGGUUCAAAUGGUUUGUUUGGGAUUUGGUACAUCCAGGGACCAAAUUCCACCCUCAGUUCUACCCACUGCAGCUCCGUUCAACAGGAGAAGGGAUGCAAGUGUGGCAGCAACCCGAGGGUGGGAUGAAACCCAUACACAGAUAUAUUUGGGGGGGGGGGGGGGGGGGAAGGAGGGAAAAAAAAAUCUUCCUCAACAUUUCACAUCCAGAGUUGUUGGGUACAGCCCUGACUUGUGGACUCAGCUUUGCUUUGCUUCUGUUUUAGCUGUUUCUCUGCUACCUUUUCAGCAGAUUUCUUAUUACACUGCACUGGAUUGCUAUAUUUUUAACCAGAAAUAAACUAAGGAUUAGAGCAUG